AUGGUCAAAGGACCACCUUUACGCCAAGAUACUACCUCCACCAGCUGCCACAGUGUUGAUGUCCAACUGUGGAGACUGGAUCGUGAUACCUGCAGUGGUGGUCUCGAACACGUGAUCAAACUUACCGUCUCCAAAUCUAGAAACGUCGGUAGAAGUACCACCCAUGUCGAAUCCAAUCAAUGGAAUCUUGUUUUUUGGGUUGUAGCAGGUCUUGGAAUAACCAACAACACCUCCAGCUGGACCCGAGAGAAUGGCACGAAGACCAGAAAAUGCAGAGGCAUCAACCAAACCUCCAUCAGAUUGCAUGAACUGGCACUUCACUCCGGUGUGCUUACCAUGAGCCGCACUGAAAAGACCAUCUUUCAAGCCAGACUCGAAACCAGCGAGGUACUUCUGGAUCUCCGGUGUCAAGUAAGCAUCUGCCACCGAGGAGUUUGUCCGUGGGAGCAACUUGAUCAUUGGGAUCAGCUUGUGAGACAGCGAGAUAUGCGUGAAUCCGAUCUCUUUGGCAAUUUGACCAAUUAA